AUUUAAGUAGAGUACGUAGACCCAAUGUGUAAUUAUUCCUGUCGUACGAUAUGGACGUCUCCAUUCUGCUGCUGUGUCUGUUCUUGCAGAUCGUCGAUGGUGUUUUCGAUGAUGAUGAUAUCGACAAAGAAAUUAAAAAGAAACUGUCAGUGAUGGAGGGAGAUUCUGUUACUCUACGCACCGGUGUUAAUGAAAUAGAGAGAGAUGUUCACAUAAUAUGGACGUUUGAAUCACAAAACGCCCACAUUGCUGACAUUUAUUCUAGCGUAAAUGCUAUACCUAGUUAUGUUAACAAUGAAAUAUUCAGAGACAGACUACAGGUGAACUUCACAACUGGAUCUCUGACCAUCAGAAACAUCAGAAUCACAGACAACGGAACUUAUCGUCUAGAUAUCGUCGAUCCCAAUCACACUUCCGGUCUCACCAGCAGAGCGACAAAAACUGUAUUUAGUGUCAUUGUUUAUGCUCGCCUGCCCAUCCCUAUCAUAAAAGACACAAACUGCUCUUUAUCAUCAGAAGGUACAUUCAUGUCCAAAUGUGUGCUGCUGUGUUCAGUGGAGAAUGUGAGUGAUGUGACUCUCUCCUGGUAUGAAGAAAGUUUAUUGUCCAGCAUCAGUGCCUUUAAUUUCAGCACCAGUCUCUCUCUGCCUCUGGAGGUGGACUAUCAGGAUAAAAACAUCUACAGUUGUGUGAUCAACAAUACUAUCAGCAAACGUUACACACAUCUGGAAAACUUUGUAAUAUGUCCAGCAUCUCCACUACCCUUCUAUCUUUUAGCACUGAUUCCAGUUUUUCUGGUAGUUGGAAUAAUUAUCUACUGGAUUUAUAGGAAGCAAACACAAGGGGGAUGUUGUUGUUGUAAACACCAAGUGUUGUAACAUGAAGUGGGAAUCCAGAAGUCCACUAGUUCCGUGCUGAAUAUACCAUCUGUAGGUUGCACAGGCACAACUUUAUGGGUUUUUAAUUUUCACUGUUCAAUUUCAAUUCUAAAUGAAACAACCUUCAUUGCACUUGUGCAAUUUCUGCUCAGCUUUUUUCAUGGCUUAAAGUUCAGGGAUCAGGGUCAUCAGUAUUUUAACAAUUUUUGCAUAUUUUAGCCCUAUUUUACUCAUGAAUUUUUUUUUUUUUUUUUUUUUUUUUUUUUUUUUUGUGUAAUACUAAUUGUCACAUGUUCAAAUAUUCCACUUGGUGGCAGCAAAAGCUAAUUGAAAUGCUUUGUCUAUUUUGGUUUAGAAAAGACUUUAGAAAAAACUUAUAAACUGCACUUAAUACCGGUACUAAAUACGUGAAUGUUGGAAGUUUUACAUGAUUGCAAUUUGGGAAGCCAUAUAAUGAGCCUGCAUUGUUAAUAUGGGAUGGGACAGGUGUGACGCAGUUUGCUGGCAAACAUUUUGCAAUUCAAAACCAGUGACAAAACAGGAUCAAGCAUUGGCCAUAAGGAAGUCAACGGAAUGAUGCUGCACACUAGGAUUAAACACUGCAAGCCAGUGUCAUCACUUUCAACCGCAGUGUUACGUUUGCUGUGAUUGUUCUAGACUGUUUGUUCUGCCUCAAGUCAUGUUCUGUGGAGUACCGGCCCCGAGUGUUCUCAGUAGUUGUUUCCCAAUAGGGAUACAUCCUUCGAAGGCCGCGAAGGUUGGACCGAGCGUUGUUAAAUGCGACAGUCCAGUCUACCUAGCUGGUGUCACUGACGAGCGGCAGUAAUGUUUGUCCAGGACUUUUUAAACAGUUAACUGCCUAAAAACAAAACAGCAUCCAAGCUUGUCUAAAUACGUUCACAGUGGUCAAUUUAUGUACAUAAUAAAGAGUAUAAUCUAUAUAAAAUCACAUCUUGGUAAGAUAUAAGUCAACAUUUGAACUGCUUUAUAUUACUUUUUACAUUGUAAAAAUGUCAAAUGUAAACACCUCACU